UUUGCUGAACUUUCUCAUCAGUGAGUGAAUGGGAGGAGGUGCUCAAAAGGCAGAGGCGGUGAGAAAUUCUCAGCCACCCUCCCACCCAUGCUGUCUGUGGAUGGAUGGCGGUGGCAACAAGCAGCAGAGAUCAAUGUCUCUUCAGGUCAAUCUCAAAGUGUCUGGAGAAAGAUUCUACAAGGCUGCACAACAACCAGGGCCCCAUCGUUGGGCAAACGCUGAAACUUGCUUGCCUUUUCACCUCAGCCAGAUGAACACACACGUGCUAGACUUUAUAACGAAGGCUUGGCAUCUGUGCUUGUUUCUCAUACUAUACUUCCACCUGGCAUUGGGUGGUGUACCUGGUCCAUGCCGACACUCUGUAACACAGGAGCACCUUCGGAGCCUCAAUCGCCUGAUUGACAAUCAGUUGGACCACAGAUGUUUUAUAUUUUAUCAGUUUACUGAGCAUUUGAAUUUGAGUAAAGUCUGUUAUGUCAAAGCAGCCCUACCACAAGUACUUGAGCUCCUGAAAACACAAUUCCAUUAUGGUCGGAAUUCAGACAACAGAAGAUAUGUCAACAUUUUGGAAAAGGCUAUCUACCAUCUUUACUCCCAAGGAUGUAUAUCUGAAAUAAAUGAAGAGAUUGAGGACACUCCAUCAAGGUUAAUAAUGAUGGUAGAAAGCACCCCGAAGGAAGCUCUGCAAAAAGCCCAACACGUGAUGCAGAUGUAUAUGAGACUGAUGGCAUUAAGCACUCGUCCUGUGGACUGGAAUUGUCAAUCCGAAUAUUCUCUUGGAGAUGAUUUAAAUACCACACAAGUUGGUGUUACCAGCACCACAGCAUGCCUUGGAUAUUGCAGAAGAAUGGUGUAGCCACGGAGGUCCCAAGAAACAACCUUUCCGAGACCACGUCGGGAGUCACCAAUUUGUUGGAGAGUUGGCGUUAUAUCCUACGCAGGGCCAAAGGCCCAAAUUACACAUUAAUAAACUACCACCACCCUCACCAAUUUUGCGUGUUCGUUUUCUCUCAGGAAAGGUAAACCAAUCAAGAAACUCGCACAGAUCAAAUUUUGAGCCGUUUAUAAUUCUUAAGCGUUUAGCAAAAAUAUGUUGACAGAAUUCUGGGCGUUUUCUCUCCUCCCUAGAACCAAGCCUUGCAUUUGCGUAGAGAAAAUGGCGAAUCUUUCCCCGGUUGCCCCACAAUUACAACACAAGUAAUGGGAGGACCUGGAAAGCUUCAGUUGACGCCAAGCCAUCCUGCUCUGGCAUUCUCUCCUUAUUUUAGCUUGUGUUGAUCGCAGCCGUCUGAGAUAGGAAUGACUAGUUCCUCUCCCACUAUCAACAAGAACAUUCCGUACCUUCUCUCCCAGCACCGCUGGGUGAAUAAUCCAAAACUGAUCUGUUUUUCUCUAGCACGUCAAGUUUUUUAACUAUAGAGCCCCGUUUUCUUCAAAAAUAUGAAAAAUAUUGUACUUAACAGAUUCUGUAUGUGCUUGUUUUAUAAAACAUUUCAAAUAUUGA